GAUUUGCAGUUGAUCGAUAUUUAUUGGUAACAAAACAAGGGCAGCAGUUAAGGUUCAUCAUCAAUAAUACAUCGAUAUUCGUAUGAAUAUUAAAACAUCACGUUUUCGUCUUAUCGUCAAAUAAAUAUAUUUAGUAACAUUUUACCGAAAACGUCUAACGAGGGAGUAAAAAUAAGCUAGCAACAAAACGUCCUAAGACAACAAUUGAAUCAAUUUAGAUGCCAAAUAGUAGUGCGUAGGAAGGAAAAAGCAAAUCGCAACUAAGCCGUUAAAUUAGUGGGAGGAGAUCAAAAAAACAAUCGAACGAACGAACAAACAAUAAAAUCAAAUCAAAUCAACAUGACUAGUCGUGGCGGCAUAUCGUUAUCUUCGGUCUUACAACAGACAUUUUUGCUAUUAAUCCUCUUCGGUGUCAACGUCAUCAAUGUGGAAAGUCGCGCGUCGUACAACAGUGAGCUCAGCUUAGGCAGCAGUAGCGGCAGUAGCAUGAGCGGCGGCAGCUACACAAGCACCGGCGGCAGCAAAAAGCAAAAAAGUCUCAAGCACAGCAACAACGUCGGCAUUGCGGAGGCGUCAACGACCAUCACAACCGGCUCCAUCAUGAAUUUGUGUUCGAAGGAUCGCGACAUGAAAUUGGUGUGUCACUGCUCGCCCGAGGAUUACGUUCACAUAAAAGCAACCAAAGCCGAUUGUUGGAUUUUCCACGACGAUUUUCCGCGCAAAGAUCCCAACUGGUUGGCAUUCCACACGCAAGUCUAUUUGGAUCACUUGAAGCUCACGGUGCAACGUACGGGACAUCUCACUUACAUCCCGACAGACGUCAUUGGCACAUUGAAACACCUCAAAUCGCUCAGCAUCGAAUAUGGCGUCAUCAGUGAGCUCAAUAGCUAUGCCUUUGCCAACUUGACGCAACUCCGGAGCGUGUCGCUGCCCAAAAACCAAAUUAGGGUCUUGUACCAGUUCGCGUUCGCAAAUCACCCCGACUUGGAGGAAAUUAAUUUGGAACAGAACCAAAUCAUUGACAUUGAUCGACAUGCCUUCGUGGACUUGCCAAACUUGCAAAAACUCAAUUUGGCGCACAACAACUUGACGACAAUGCACGACGACGUGUUCAGCGAGUUGCGGAAAUUGAUUGAUUUGCGGAUGGAUUCCAAUCAAAUUUCCGUGUUGACGCGCGAGAUGUUCAAGGGAUUAGGCAAUUUAAAGUCGCUCCGUAUCUCGAACAAUAACAUCAAUUUCAUCGGAGACACCGUUUUCGCGGAAUUAUGGGGAUUGUCGGAAUUGGAGUUGGACAAUAACAACAUUGAGAAAAUCUCGGAACGUGCAUUUGACGGCCUCAACGUUCUCCGGACACUCAACUUGGCGAACAAUAAAUUAACUUAUUUGGAACGUGGUAUUUUUACGGGCACACCGGCACUCGUCCUGCUCGAUUUGAGUCACAACAGGUUGGAAACUGUAACGCAAUACAACGUGCAACCGUUGUUAGAUAAUCUCGUGAAUGCAACAAGUGUGCUCGAGCUGACAGGUAACCAAUUGACAUGCGAUUGUCGCUUACGUUGGGUCUUCAAUCUCAGCAAAAAUACGAAAAACGAAGAUCUCCGUGAAUCCCUGCAUCGCAUCCAGUGUGUCCUUGAGCCGAAACCCACGCAUCUCGACUACUUUGGCGGCAGCAGCAGCAACUUGGGCAUGAAGAAGCCCUUCUCACACUUGCCCGACAACGAUUUGGACGACUAUACCUACGAAGAGACCAACUAUGGCGCCGACGAUAACACAAACACUCGCAUCGCAUCCGGAAAACUCACGGGACUGCUGAAGCUGCGAUCGGAAAAUUUGCCAUGCCCGCAGGAACUGAUCGAGCCGACCGAGUUGCCACUUCAACGAGAGUCCAUUGGCUUCAUGGGAGAUUUGAGCUGGAGAUCAAGCGGAAAUCGCGCCAUUUUGGAAGUCACACUGAUGUUCGUAUCAGCCGUUUAUUUCGUCGUGGUGAGUCGUUUCUAA